AUGCCUUAUCCCACAGCUCCAGCGCCCUCAGGGAGGCGGGUGUCCUCCUCGCCCCCACCACUGGCCAAUGAGCCCCAUUUCCGCGUUCACAUGCAGGAGACCCAAACCCUACGGCCGUGCCGAGCGGGACCAGCGCUCCCGCACGCUCCGGACGACCCCGGGAAGCCCUUGGGCAGGAACCUGGACGUGGGCGCCGAGGCCCUGCAGCGCGGCGUGGACGGGCUCAGCUACCUCCUGGCCGAGAGCUCCAAGCUCAUGAUCUCUGAGACAGACUUCCAGGAUUCUGUCCAUGUUCUGGGAUUCUCGGAUGAACUGAACAAAUUAUUGCUCCAGCUUUACCUUGACAACAGGAAGGAGAUCAGGAGUGUUCUUAGUGAGCUGGCACCAAGGCUUCCCAGUUACCACAAUCUUGAAUGGAGGUUAGAUGUGCAGCUUGCAAGCAGGAGCUUGCGGCAGCAGAUUAAGCCUUUUGUGACUCUGAAGCUGCACCUCAGUGAGAGCGGGGACCAGACUGCCCAAGUGCUGCAGACCGACCCUUCUACCCUCCUUCACCUCAUUCGGCAGCUGGAACAAGCCUUGGGGGAAAUGAAAAGCAACCACUGCAGGAGAAUAGUGCGCAACAUGAAGUAG